AUGAAUCGGAUGAUGUUCUGUUCAUCAUCAUCAUCAUCAUCAUCAUCAUCAUCAUCAUCAUCAUCAUCAUCAUCAUCAUCAUCAUCAUCAUCAUCAUCAUCAUCAUCAUCAUCAUCAUCAUCAUCAUCAUCAUCAUCAUCAUCAUCAUCAUCAUCAUCAUCAUCAUCAUCAUCAUCAUCAUCAUCAUCAUCAUCAUCAUCAUCAUCAUCAUCAUCAUCAUCAUCAUCAUCAUCAUCAUCAUCAUCAUCAUCAUCAUCAUCAUCAUCAUCAUCAUCAUCAUCAUCAUCAUCAUCAUCAUCAUCAUCAUCAUCAUCAUCAUCAUCAUCAUCAUCAUCAUCAUCAUCAUCAUCAUCAUCAUCAUCAUCAUCAUCAUCAUCAUCAUCAUCAUCAUCAUCAUCAUCAUCAUCAUCAUCAUCAUCAUCAUCAUCAUCAUCAUCAUCAUCAUCAUCAUCAUCAUCAUCAUCAUCAUCAUCAUCAUCAUCAUCAUCAUCAUCAUCAUCAUCAUCAUCAUCAUCAUCAUCAUCAUCAUCAUCAUCAUCAUCAUCAUCAUCAUCAUCAUCAUCAUCAUCAUCAUCAUCAUCAUCAUCAUCAUCAUCAUCAUCAUCAUCAUCAUCAUCCAAUGUUGUGCACGCAUACUUUUGA